AUGUAUUCGACAAAGAAAUGCUUUCAUCUGCGUAUCCAUGUUUCCGUUCCUUCAAAUUUCUACGAUGCUAUCGUACUGUUUAGCAAACUACAUAUCCAUAUUCUAAAUCGUCAAUAUUGUAUACACCACGAGGUGAACGAAUACAAGUCACUUUUCGUGUUCUGUUGUUUACAUACGCAAGUUUAUAUAACUUUGAUUUGUUUUUCCAUGGGCUGCGCACAAGUCACUCCGACUAUUAGUCCAUACAACCAUAUUCCUAUCGAACGCUUGUAUCCACAUAGGACAUAUUCAAGUCAAGAAUCACCGGUGCCUAUGGUAACAAUAACUGUGCCGCCAGUACCAUCGUAUGUGAAGGGUGUAUUGAAAAAGCCGUAUCCUUAUGGAAGAGAGAGACCAGAACCAUUAUUAAUGAUGAGAACAAAACCUUUAAUAAUGAAUCGAUCCGUUAAUUUCGAUGAAAAAGUAUCGGUCAAACCACGAACACCAACGCCCGAUAAAGCUUGGUAUGAGAAAACAUCGCCCACAAUGCCAAUGCGGUUACACUCACGUGACGAUGGCGAGCAGGAAGAUGAAGAACAGCUUGAUAAUGAACAAUACCAUCUUCAUUCACAAAUACCAUCAAACAAUACUCCAUAUAGAACAAUGUCAAUUAACCCUGAAGCUUCGUCCAAUAUUAAUACAUAUACCACUAAUCACUCAAAAAACUCACCACUAAAUCGUAUAAAAGUACGAAGAAAACUACCUGAUCUAGGUCCACCUCAGAUAAUCUACACUCCAACCUAUCAACCACUCUCACAAUUAUCGGCACAUCCUCAAGUUACUACUCAAACUUCUGCUACUCCUGUUUAUUCUAUGUCAACUCAAAAUUCCAACACUUCACUUCUACCAACUCCAAUUAUGACUUCUUAUCAGCCACCACUUCAGUAUUCUACUGCUCCUACAAUGCAGACUUCAUCGACCUUAUCUUAUCCAACUACGAUGUUACCUUCUAGUAGGAUUCCACCGAUUCCAUCUAAUCCCAAAGCACUAAUUCAAACUGCGACUCCACUCCUCAAUCAACCACCCAUUCAAUCAUCUACUCCUGCUUCUCUUCAAGCAUCAACGACACUAUCGUAUCCAUCUAGUACAACAUAUGCUACUACUCCGCUUGUCGCAAGUUUUGCCAGUCAAUCUUCAGUGCAGUCAACUUCUCAACCAUCAGAAGCAAAAUAA